AGGGUGCCAGCUCCGAGGCUCUUGGUGUUUUCUGCAGUUUGUAUGCGACAGAAGACACUCCCACAGCUGGCAGUUCACAGCGCGUUCACCAGGAAGUCUCCAGCCGUUCGCAGCGCAGCUUUACUCUGCACACACAAAACCUAAUGCCAGGCGAAGUCUACAAGCUAAACGCAGAUCUUUUAUUUAUAUCCGAAGAGCGAAAACUGGAAAGCUGCUGUGCUUUUCUAUUCAUGAAGAGUUUUAUGCAUGCGUUCACACAUGGACUAACUUCACCAGACUAUAAAUUAGGUCUGUCUCGUCCAAAGGCCUAAAUCAUUUUAAAGUGGAUCAGACAAAAUGCAUCUGCGGAACACAAGAUAAGGCACUUGUUUCAAAAUGAGUAAGAGGCCAGGCCAAGUGAACGGCAAUGUGACACCUGUCAAAAGUCGAAGAGUGGAGAGUGUGGUUGCCCGAGAUGCACCAGAUGAAACAAACCACCCAGGACCGUCUUCCAGCGACCUCAGCCUCCCUCCCACAGGAGACAUCGGCCUCAUUGAAAGCAUCACCAUGAAGAAUUUCAUGUGUCACAAUUUGCUCGGCCCGUUCCAUUUCGGAUCCAAUGUGAAUUUCAUCGUCGGCAACAAUGGGAGUGGAAAAAGUGCAAUCCUGACCGCCCUGAUUGUAGGCCUCGGCGGGAAAGCCACUGUCACCAACAGAGGAGCAUCACUGAAGGAUUUUGUGAGAACCGGUGAAAACACUGCAGAUGUGACUGUAAAGCUGAGAAACCGAGGCCCGGAUGCGUUUAAAGGAGAUGUGUACGGCGACUGCAUCUCCAUAGAGCAUCGCAUCACCAGUGACGGGUGUCGGACCUGCAGGCUGAAGAGCAAAUCGGGGCAGCUCAUCUCAAACAAGAGAGAAGAGUUGACCGCCAUUCUGGACCACUUUAACAUUCAGCUGGACAACCCGGUGUCCAUUCUCAACCAAGAAAUGAGCAAACAGUUCCUGCAUUCAAAAAGCGAAUCAGACAAGUAUAAGUUCUUCAUGAAAGCCACUCUGCUGGAACAGAUGAAGAGGGAUUACAUCCACAUCAAGCAGACAAAAACAGUUACACGAGACCAAGUGGAGAGACAAGAGGAGUGUCUGAAGGACUUGAAACAAGAGUUUCUCCAGAAAAAAGAGAGGUAUGAAAAUAUGUCGUCGUUCAGUGAAAUGAAGGCAACGUUGGAAAAUUUGAAGAAAAAGAUGGCAUGGUGUCUGGUCAGAGAAAAGGAGCACAUGAUACAGCAGUUACAAGAAGAGAUUGAAAAGGAAGAGAGCAAUUGCAAGCAUCAAAAUAACCUUCAGCUCUGUCAGACGAAGGUCAUACAAGUAGAGAAGAAGCUCCAGAACCUCAAGUGCAAAAUCGACAGUCUGAGAGAGGAGCAGGAGUCUCUCUCCGAAGAAAACCUCAAGUUAAAAGAGCAAAUAAAGGCCAACGGCAAAGCCCACAAAGAACAGGAGCUUGUUUACUUCCGGGCUUUGAACAAAGUGAAACAGUCAGAGCAGGAGCAAAACCUUCUUCGGGAGAAAAUUAACAAGGCAAAAACAAGUGGGAGCCUGAACAGUGAAGGAGAGACUGAGUUUGCAAAAAGGCAGCAGACCUUGUCGGCUCUGAAAGAGCAGCUUGCAAAGCUCGACAAUGAGUGUGCUGAAUUGAAUCAAGACAUCAAGGACAAACAGCAGGCACUUUUCAAAGGGAAAGAAGAAUUGGACAAGCUGAGGUUGGAAGAAAAGAAUAUUCAGGUUUCUUUUGAGGCCAAACAGAAGAGGAGGAAUCAGCUGCUCGCCAGUCGAUCAAACAAACUGAAGCGGUUUGGAGAUCGUGUUCCCGAACUCCUGGCUUCAAUUGACGAGGCUUAUGCCAUGGGACGCUUUCUCAAGAAACCUAUUGGUCCCAUAGGGGCAUACAUCAGCCUGAAGGAUCCCACUUUAGCCGUCGCGGUGGAGUGCUGUUUACGCAGCUUCAUGAAGACUUUCUGCUGCGACAAUUAUAAGGAUGAAACCGUCCUCCAGGAGCUGAUGUCGCGUUAUUAUCACAAGGGCAGCAGACCGCAGAUCAUCGUCAGCCCUUUCACUGAGAAAGUAUACAACAUCCAUGGACGGAAAGUUCAUCAUCCAGUGUACCCGUCUGUGUUUGACAUAAUCAGCACAGCCAGUCCAGUCAUCAUUAACUGCCUGAUUGAUAUGAGAGGAAUAGAAUCAAUUCUGAUUAUCAAAGAGAAACACACUGCGAGGAGGAUCAUGCAGCGAGGCCCACCACCUAAAGGCUGCCGCGAGGCCUUCACUUUGGAAGGAGAUCAGGUGUACUCAAACCGUUAUUACACCUCCGACUUCAGCAUGGCCAAAUACCUUGGCGGAGACCUGGAGACUGAAAUACGGAUGGUGGAGUUAGACAUGGAGAAUUACACGGCUCAGCUGUCCAGGUUUCAGCUGCACGUGAACUCUGUGACUGAGGACAUCCAGCGCAUGGAGAACAAGCUCAACAGCACCAUCAUGACUCUGAAGAAGACUCUGGCCUCUGCAAAUCAAGUCAAGGCAACCAUAACCGAACAGGAAAAUGUCGAGGAGGAACAAACCGAUGAUAUCAGCUCCUUGGAAGAAGUUUUCAAGGAGAACCAGCAGAAAAUUGAGAUGGAAAGGCAAGCUGUCAAUGAAGCCAAGAUAGAACUGGACAAGCACAGGAAAACAGCCGAAGACAUCGACUCCAGUUACUCUUGUGUUAGAGAGAAGAUCGAUCAGCUUUCUGAGGAGAUGGAGCCGUUGAAGGACGAGCAGGUGAAGCUGGAGGCCGAGUGUGGAAAACAUGAACGAAACCUGAAGAUUUUAGAGAACAAGCUCAAGACUCACGAAGAAAACAUCCAGGCUAUGAAAAGUGAAUUGGCCCAAAAAGAAGAAGAGCUGGAGGAAUCUGUGGCCAAAGCCUCGGAGAUUAGUCCCGAGCGGCAGCAGGUGGACCGCAGCGCCAAGAGCAUCGACACAGAGAUCACCCGGCUGAAGAAGAGGAUCAGCGUACAGGAGAGCACCCAUGGAGACCAGGAGCAGGUGGUCAGGGAGUACGCUGAGGCCCUGGCUGUCUACAGAGACAAAUCCAACCAAGUGAGAGAUCUGAAGAGGUUCAUCGAUCGGCUUGAUAACAUCAUGUCAGACAGGCAGAACCGGUACAAAAUACUGCGCAGGUCCCUCUCUGUCAGGUGCAAGUUAUACUUCAAUAACUUCCUGAUCAAGCUGAACUGCUGUGGCUCCAUGAUUUUCGAUCACAACAAUGAAACACUCUCAAUCUCGGUAAAACCUCCAGGCAGGGAGAAUGACGACGUGAGUGACAUGAAGUCGCUGUCUGGUGGCGAACGCUCCUUCUCCACCGUGUGCUUCAUCCUCUCCCUGUGGGAAAUCACCGAAUCGCCCUUCCGAUGCCUUGACGAGUUUGACGUCUAUAUGGAUAUGCAUUAUCGGAGAAUCUCAUUGGAUCUGCUGCUGGAGCUGUCAGAGAGGCAGCACCUUCGCCAGUUUAUCUUCAUUACACCGCUGACCACUAGCAAUAUACCCAAAAGCAGCCUCAUCAGAAUCCAUCAGCUUCAGGAUCCAGAAAGAGAGAAGAGUCAAAUGGGGGAUGAGGAGCUGUGAGCUGAGAUCACACUCCCACAAACUGCUACACACACACACACACACACACACACACACAUACACACAGAAGUGUUUACAUGCACACUUAUAUUUCAGUAUUAUUUUUGACUGUUGGAAUAUGUCGGCAUUAACUGGGUGUCAGAAGCCCGGUUUUUAAUUGCAUUGUUUUGCAGCCUGAAGCUCUGGUUUUGUAUUCAUAUUCAAAAUUCCCAGUCGCCUGUCCUGUUGAAUCACACACGAGAAGGACAUUCCCUUCCUGGUCAGUCAACUAAGUUGCUCUGCAGUGUGAACUCAGUUACAGAACGAUGGGUAGCAAAUUAAAAAGACAAAAAUCACAACACAGAAUAUUGUGUUGUAGGUACUUCUACAGUAUUUUUCCAACCCAUCUUUGAAGACUCUAAUGUUAUUUGCCUUUAAUGGUGUGUUGGCAAGGUGUCUUUCACAAAUUUGCUGCAUUAUUUGUUCAUUUUCAACUGUUGUAUGUUUUGACAGAAAUACUAUAAAAGUAACUCUUUGAGUUACCCAGUAAUUGUGUUUGCAAUUGGAAUUAUGUUUGUUUUCUUUUUCGCUUGUCAGGUUUAGGACUCUAAGUUGCCUUUAAUUUGAUUCCCAUAAUUCAUAUAAUUGCUUUGUAAUUAUACUUUGCUUGUCUUUUGUGUUUGGCAUUAUGAAGACGCUUUUUGUCAUUUCUUACUCUGUGUGAGCUGCAAGAAGGAGGACUGCAUGUUUGAAUAUGUUACAGUGAAAAUGUUUUAAUACAUUUUGUGUAAUUUCAUUGUUUACCUCAUGUAUUUCGUACCACACAAAAAGACUGUGUCUGAAAACCAAGACUAGCCAACCUCACAGUCUUAAUAUUUUUACAUCAGGCAACUUGUCUGUCACGUUUGCACUGCUCUCUGUCAAUGAAAUGAGUUGAUAUAAGGGCUCUUUAACAUACAGACAUAUACUGGUGCAGUGUAUCUCACUUUUGCCAACGAUGCUUUUGUUACAAUAAACUAUGACUAGAAAUCA